UUGUUUGGCUCGGAUCGGAUGGAUGAAAUGAAAGAUGAGCUGCCUCUGCCUGCAUUCUCAGUCUCCAUACGCAUGGCGUGACGCGCCCGCCCGGCCGGCCGCUCCUUUUCCUUCCACCCAUCUCUUCCUUUACUCCAAUGAAGCAACACAAGCUGCUGAUCCAUCGAUUGAUCCACCAAAAAGCUACGUACUUCUGAUCCACCAUCGAUCACUUCAUAAUUAGCUACCCUCUUUUCCUUCCUUCAAUUCGAUUGAUCAAGCAGGAAAUUAAGCAAAGGCAAAAUAAGCAAAAAGAUGCAGCGGCAGCAGGACGAUGAUGACACGGUGCACGCCGCAGCCAUCGUUUUGGCCGCCGCCGCGAGAUCCACGAGCACAGGCCUCCUGCGCCACCAGCAGCAGCUCGACGACCACGACCACGCCAGCUGCGCCGCUGCGAAGAAGACGAGAUGGUGGUCGCGUCUGAAGUCCAAGCUCAAGUGGUUCCGGCCGCACGGCCACCCGCAGCGCAUCGCCGACGCGUCGCGGUCGCCUGAGCCGGGCGCACCACCCUGCGCCGAGCAGGCGGCGGGCAGCUCCAGCAUCAACAACUAUGCCCGCCACGCGCCGCAGCCUGCGGUGGCCUUCGUGGCGCCGCCGUCGUCGCCCGCCUCGUCCGUGCUCACCUCGGAGUCGCCGUCGCCCGUGGUGCUCCUCAACGCCAACAACGCCUGCAGCAGCAGCUACAGCUCGCCCACGGCCUCCAUCUUCGCCAUCGGUCCCUACGCCAGGGAGCCGCAGCAGCUGGUGUCGCCGCCGGCCUUCUCCGCGUCCGCGGGCCUCACCGAGCCGUCCACCGCGCCGGUCACGCCUCCGCCGGAGUCCGGCCUCCACCUCCUGGCCACCACGCCGUCGUCGCCCGAGGUCCCCUUCGCCCGCUUCCUAUGGUCGUCCGCGGCGGCAGACCAGCAGCCGCACUGCUCGCCAGGCGGCAUGGUCACCGAGGGCUUCCUCCACGCCUACCAGCUGCAGCCGGGGAGCCCCGUCCUCGUGUCCCCGGGAUCGACCUCAUCGUCGCCGCCACCAUGGAACAUGCAGCAGCAGCACUGGGUGGGAACGCACAGUGAUGGUGGGCGCGUCCCCAUCAAGGACGAGUCAAAAGAUGAUGAGGUGGCCACUGGCGGGGGCGAGUUUGUGUUCGGCAGUAACGCGGAUGCGGCGGCCGGCGAGCGGUUUGCCGGUGGUGAGGUCGGCGCCCGUGGAGACGCGACUGAGCAGUGGCCUUUCCUCCUUGCUCAUACUCAUAGUUGACUGACUCUACUCCUCUUACAGAUUGAGGAUCAAAGGUCCAUACAUUGCAGACUGAUGAUUAUAGACUGAAUUUACUAGAUUUA